UUCACUCAACCAUUUUGUGUUGUGCGAUUUUGUAAUGAAUAAUUUCUCAAAUUAGAUUGUAUUUACAGAAAGUAGAUAAAUUAAACUAAGCAAAAAUGGCUCUUAGAACUUAUGGCGAUAAGCCGAUUAGUUUUCAAAUAGAGGAAGGUGGAGAAUUUUACUGUGUUGGAUCGGAGGUUGGUAAUUACCUGCGGUUAUUCCGUGGGUCCCUCUACAAGAAGUACCCUGGCAUGGUCAGGAGGACCCUGACGAAUGAUGAGAGGAAACGAUUAGUUGACAAUGGCUUGGGUUCCCAUGUCCUUUCUAGUUCGGUGUCGCUGCUCAAAGCUUCCGAAGUUGAGGACGUUAUUGAGGGCAAUGAUGACAAAUAUAAAGCAGUAUCGGUCAGCCAAGAGCUGGCCACUCCCCGGGAGAGUAAGAGCAAGAAGCCGCACAAUCCAGCGUGGCUGCCCGUCAUGCCCAACUCCUCACAUUUGGACGCUGUGCCUCAAGCAACUCCUAUUAGUAGGACUAGAGUCCAUAAUAAAAAGGUGCGCACUUUCCCGCUGUGUUUUGAUGACACCGACAUGACAGCAAUGCUGGAGAACUCUUCGCAGAAGCAGAUUCUCGUACCCAUCAGAUUGGACAUGGAGAUUGAGGGACAAAAACUCAGAGACACUUUCACUUGGAAUAAAAAUGAGUCAAUAAUAACUCCCGAACAGUUUGCCGAGGUGUUGUGUGAUGACUUGGAGCUGAACACAUCCACGUUCAUCCCGGCCAUAGCCACGUCCAUCAGGCAGCAAAUAGAAGCAUUCCCGAGCGAACCACCAGCAAUCCUCGAGGAGCAGUCUGAUCAGAGAGUGGUUAUUAAACUUAACAUACACGUUGGGAAUACAUCUUUGGUUGAUCAAGUGGAAUGGGACAUGUCAGAAAAAGAGAAUAACCCAGAGCAGUUCGCUAUGAAGCUGUGUGCUGAGCUUGGACUGGGCGGAGAGUUUGUGACAGGCAUCGCGUACAGCGUCCGCGGGCAGCUGGGCUGGCACCAGCGCACCUACGCCUUCAGCGAAGCCCCGCUGCCUGUCAUUGAGACGCCGUACCGCCAGCCGUCCGAGGCGGAGCAGUGGGCGCCGCACCUCGAGACACUCACCAACGCGGAAAUGGAGAAGAAAAUCCGCGACCAGGACCGCAACACGCGCCGCAUGCGACGCCUCGCCAACACCACGCCCGGUUGGUAACACAAGCUCACACACAAACACAUACAAUAGGGAUGUUAUAAAAAAAAAAGUUUGAAUUAGUCCGUCAGUUAACUUAUCAAAAAAUACAUCCCUUACAACUUGUUUGAUUGUGUCCAAUAUUCGCCAACACCACGCCCGGUUGGUAACCACACAAACUCGCACACAAACACAUACAAUAGGGAUAUUUUCUGAAUAAAAAAGCAAGUUUGAAUUAGUCCGUCAGUUAACUUAUCAAAAAAUAAUCGACACGUAUUUUUGGCUAUUUCAAAAUAAUGAUUUAAACAGAUAAAGCGCGCCAAAGUUCAUAAGAGGCCCAUGGUGUCAAGGAGUGCCUAGUGUUGAACGCAUCAUAACUCCCUAAUUACUUGUUUGAUUGACAAAUAAAAAAAUACGUGUCCAAUAUUCGCCAACACCACGCCCGGUUUGUAACCACACAAACUCGCACACAACCACAUACAAUAGGGUUGUUUCCUGGGUAAAAAAAAGUUUAAAUUAGUCCGUCAGUUAACUUAUCAAAAAAUAAUCGACACGUAUUUUUCGCCUUUUCAAAAUAGUGAAAAUUUAAAGAGAUAAAACGCGCCAAAGUUCAUAAGAGGCACAUGGUGACAAGGAGUGCCUAGUGACGUCACGCGAAAGUUCAAAGCAUUAUAUCUUCCUAAAUACUUGUUUGAUUGACAAAUAAAAAAAUACUUGUCCAAUAUUCGCCAACACCACGCCCGGUUGGUAACCACACACGCUCACACACAAACACAUACAAUAGGGAUGUCAUAAAAAAAAGUUUGAAUUAGUCCGUCAGUUAACUUAUCAAAAAAUAAUCGACACGUAUUUUUCACUUUUUCAAAAUAAUGAAAAUUUAAAGAGGUAAAGCGCGUCAAACUUCGGAAGAGGCCCAUGGUCUCUAGAGGAGUGCCUAGUGACGUCACGCGACACUUAACGCAUCAUAACUUCCUAAUUACUUGUUUGAUUGACAAUUAAAAAAAUACGUGCCCAAUAUUUUUUAAUAAUUUAAUUGACGGACUAGAUUAUUUUUUAGGAAACUAACCUAUUAUACUGACUGACGUCUAAGGUGCAGUUAUUCAUCUGCGGUUUUACACUUGUACACAGUCACGAGAGACUAAGGCCCGGUUUCCACCAAAGCGGAGCGGAGAAUUUUUUUGGGGAACCAACAACCCACCACCACCCAUGGUUCUUCCUGCCUCACGGCGUACGAAUCGAAUCUCGGGAGAGCGCGCGGGUACUUGCUCUGGGCUCUUUUCCCCGGGCGCUUUGCUUGACUCCCUACAAAUUUAUGUUUUUUGGGGAACCAAUCAGAUUUCAUUAUUUCCCCAUCUCCUAUUCGCUCCGUACCGCGCGUCGCCGCCGCUGUCAAAUUCUAUAGAAAAAUUCGUCCGCCAGACACAUCUCUCUUUUCCGCUCCGCUUUAUUGGAAACCGGGCCUAAUACACAACACACAUUAUUAUACGAAACAUUCAUUGACACUCACACGCACUAACAGUCACUAAUAUUCUUCCAAACCAAACGAAUUCUUCCAUAAUCAAAAUACAGGUCAAUAUCAAACUUCGCUCCUCAAUAUUUUUAACAGUAUAAAAGAUUAAUCUACUAUCGUCACACAAAAAAAAAGAUUCAGCAAUUCACAAAUAUUUAGAUUGUGUUGUUACUUUGCAUGAGACAACGCGAAUUCGCAGACGUUACUUUACCUUUUAUUGUAACCUGCAGUUGGUUUACAAUAAUCUACCACAUCACAAUGGACCUGAUUCUGUUUUUUUUAACUGUAUCUCUUUUUUAACCGACUUCAAAAAAAGGCGUCCAGGAGGUUUUCAAAUCGACUGUAUGUUUUUCCUCUAAAAAAAUAAUGAAAGGAAAAAUUUUCUAAAGAGGUUGAAAAUACGCAGAAAUAAUGCUUUAAUUUCAUAAUUUUAAUAUUUUGGUUUAUCUUUAUUGUUGAAUCAGGCCCACUGAUUAAUUUAAAGGGCAAAUAUAUUUGUCUAUUCUUUGCGAGAAUUUUGAAUGUGUUCAUAUUAAAUUAUUCAUAUUUAUUAAAAAUUCAAAUAUUAAAUGCAAGCAGCAUUGGGACGGAAUUGAAUGAUAAUUACUUAACAUGUAAGAUUUUAUGUAAUUUUUCAUGAAUAAUGUCUUGCAACCUAAUUUUAUUAUUGUCAGUUAUGAAUGAUUUUGCAUCCGUUUUUAACAUUAUUUUACUAUAGUAUUUUAAUUAUGCGACUUAUAAAAUCUAGUCCCCAUUCUUAUGGUUUUAAAUCUUUGUCAGCGCUUUAAAUUAAUGAAGCUUUGUUUUAACUUGUGUUAUCGUCUAAAUGCAAGUCUUACUUUUUGACGUAUCUUAAGAAAAAAAAAAACAAAGUUAAGUAAAAUUAUAAUAAUAAAUUAAAUAGGCUUGAGAGGUGCAAAUAUGGCAGUUCACGAGUGCGCUUAUUUCUACAGUUCUGCUUCAAUUAAACAAGCUUCAAGUAGCCAAAAGAAAAGAGAAAAAAAGGUUUUAAGAGAACUUGCCAUCUUUUUUACCCGACUGCGCUAGAAACAGAGUUGUGUUUAAUUAUCACAGGCAUAUUCUUGAGUUUCAAUCAAAUUUUGAACGUCGUUUUUAGAGUACGAAGCGUUAAUGUUAGUUUUAUUAUUAACGCUGACAAGACUGGCAAAAUAUUGCUCAUUAUAAAAUAAUAUUUAUUGAAAUACGUGCUCGUGAACUGAUUUUAAUAAAUGUGUUAUUUAAAAUUGUAAUGGGUUAUGGUACUGAUAAUUUAUUUAGUAUUAAUUGACUUGAGGCAACAGUACAAUAAUAUACCGCAGUACUUAAGGGUUAAGGUACCUUUUGUUAUUGUGUAGGUCUAUAUUAUAAGGUUGCCUUUGGAAUUAGAUAAUUGCAAGUGUAGAAAUGAUUUUAUUAUUAUAGUUUGAUAGCAAAUGAGUCUGUAAAAAAAUAUCCGAAAUAUGUCGUGUUUCCUUAGGAAUAAAAAAUAAUAAUACAAUAUUUGCUAUCAAGUUAUACGUUUAAUUAUCUUAGGUUUGAAAGACUUAAGUUCUUUGCUAUUUAAAAAAAUAAUUUAGAAGUAUGCAAUAGCAAUGCUUUAUAAUUUGACUGUUUAUUUCUGUUUCAGUAUUUUUUCGAUUCAUAAUUUAUGCUUUUCAUUUUUAAUAGUUUUAAAAACUUUGGAUAUCUUGAUAAUGAUUUUAGUAUUUUUGGAACGUUUUAUAAUAAGGAUGCCUUUUCAUAAGUACAAUUUCAUAAUAGCUGCUAUGAAUAUGUAUAGCCUGACCAGGAACAUAAAAACCCUGGCAUAGAGGCGCGUCAAUUGCAUUUGAUAGUGCAACACUGAGUACAGUCGUACCUGUGUUAAAUUAAUAGGCUAACUUUAUGUAUCAGGAUUCAGGAUUACGGGCUAAUUUGAUAUUUUCAUAAAUUAACGAAAAGAUAUUAUUAUAGGUAACCUGGUUUAAAUAACUUAAAUGAAACCAUCAAUCGAGCUAGUACGAUUUAUUUUAUUAUUCAUCAAUAAUCAAAUUCAGAACAUGAAUAUUCAACUGCAAUGUCUGCUCAUGAACGCUUCAAACUCGGUACUUCUUUCCCAAUUCCAUAAAAUUCAACACUUAGAAAGUGACAUUUUUUUUUAAAAUAGGUAGUUGAAACAAACCACAGCUAAUUCUCAUAGUGGACUGUACUAUACGAUAAACAUGUCAGUCAAUUUGACAACCUUUGCCGGAAACAUUAUUCAAUGAAAAUAUUGUCCGAACCUUAGUAUUUCUCUUCGACAAAUACUUUAAUACAUUGUGAACCACUUUUCUUUCACCACUAUAAAAAGAUUUUAGCAAUUUAAUUCACAAAAUCAAUUGCGCACAUUUAAAAUAAAGUUUGUUUACACUUUGACAGCAGAGACUGACAUGCAAGGUGACAUGUCAAUGAAGUUUUCAGUUACUGUUGCCAUUAAAAGAAAUUAGUACCAUUAGUUUUCCGCAACAUGGCGAGGGUUUUUAUGUUCCUGGUCGGGCUAUAAAUAGUUAUACAAACUUAAGUAAAAUAUGCACAAAAAGGCUAAGAUUAAAAGUGGCAGAUAAAUUGAUAAACUUAAAAUAAAUAAUGUAUGGAUUCUCAAAACUAAGACUGCUCAAACACUGCCUAAGAAAGUAAUAAUUUAUAAACUAAAACAAAUUAAUAGUCAAACCGUUUGACAUGAUCUCUGAAAUAUUAGAACUUUUCGAGCGUUUAUUUCGAACUGAAAAUUAUCUUUUUGUGUAUAUUUUACUGUUUUACAAAAUCUAGUAAAAUGUAAGUGGACUGUUAAAAUUCUAUCACAUUAAAAAGAAUUUUCCAAAAAUUUA